UGGCUGGCCUCCCCCGACUCCUUACCAAAGGUCCCCCACACCUCCUGGGGCUCCUUCUGGGGUAACCGUGGGCCUAUGGCCAGCAUCCCACACACAGGGAAUCCAGAGCCGUGCCAUGGCUCAGGCCUUUUCAUGCCUCAGAAUCCCCUCUGCGAAGAGCCUGCCUCCCCGCCCCCCCAGGGUGCCAGGCUGAGGGAGGGCAGCCUGUGCCAGGGUGGGGACCUGCACAGGACUGCAUCUGGCCCUUGUCAUGUACUUGGUGGUGGGUGAGGCAGCAUGGAGCCCUGGGGUAGAGGUGAGGUGGAGUCCGGAUGCUGACUCACACCUAGGCCAGAGGCCCAGGGACCCCCAUCCAGCCCAGCAUUCUCUUGUGUGUGUCCUCAGGAGGUUUGCCACCCUCCUCUUGGACACCGGGUCCCCGGGUGGCAACAUCAGGAGGCUAGAGUUCUUUAUGCCAGCACCCAAGCGACCCCCGAGUGUUGACGGUUCCCCCCAUCCCCCACCAACUCCGGGGCCUGUCCUGCCUGCCUGGCUCCUGUAGGGGAGCUCUGGGCUCCGGCCUCUCCUAUGGUCGCCUCUCUGGGGCCCAGGGCACGUUCAGCACAGACCUGGCUUGGCCCUCAUCCAGGUCCAGGGGCCAGGGCUGGGCCUUUGCUUUCUGGGGGCCCCCGGCACAGCUUCAGGCCCAUCAGCCAGAGGGUGGCACAGGACCUGGGGCUAGACUGAGGCUACACUCGGUUCCUCGGGCUCAGAAGCUCUAAGCCAGGAGGGUCCCCUGGCAGAGGGAAUCGUGUGUGCUUUUUGUGUGUGUGUUGGGAGGCAGCGUGGACAGCAAAAGCUCAGAAGGAAGCAAGGAGGCAGAGCACAGGCUGUGAGGAGGAGGGGCCAGGCCUUCACUGAUAUCUCCAGAGCAGGACCUCCAGCUGCAGGCCCCUCCCCUGGAAGAUGGGACAAGGUGGAUGACCAAGAGGCUGCACUCUCAGAGCGGCAGACAAGGGGGACAAAGAGACUGACAUGUCCUUCCAGUUCCCAUCCUGGACACACAACUCUGAGCCAAGCCAUGGCAGCAGAGCAUUACAGACGAGCGUUAGUAACUGUGGAGAAGGCUCUUCUUGGGCAGCUGGACCUGCCCUGCCAGAAACUGAGCUCCCUGUCCCUGGAAUUAUGCGAGUGGAUCCAGGGACCCAGGAAAGUCCAAAUCCCACUCUUUCCAACUGCUGGCCCCAGAAGCAAAGUCAGAAAAGCAAAGAACACAGUCUCUGCCUGAUGGUGACCGAUGCCCGUGCAGCUGCCCAGCCCUAGCUUUGGACGGUGGCACAGGGCUGCCGGGAAAGCUCCCCCUUUGAGACGGAGGUCAAGAACCCUGCCACCUGAUCCCAGGCCCAGUGUGGACUGGACUAAAACCCAGUUGUAUACCGGCCCAGCUGCCACCGGAUGCGUUCUCAGAGAUAACCCCAGACGGCACAGCAAGCACUCAGGAGCUCCUUAACCACCACCGCGCCCCACUCCAGGACUCCAGCCCAGACCUAAGAAAGCCGCCUCUGGGUCACUGGCAGACGCUGUCAUUUGAGAACCCUGGGGUCUAGCUGGAAGAGCUGGCCUGGUCUUCUCUGGGCUUUUCCUCCCCAGCCUGGUAAAGAAGAGGGACAGGACACCCGUGGGUGUGCUACGGUCUGCUGGGCCGAGUCCCAAGUUCAAGACAUCUUUGACUCUACUGCUGAGUCACUGACAUUCACCACCUCCCCUCCUCCACCCCACAAGUUAUUUGUUCCGGUUUCUAAAGGGCAAAGGGUGGCAAUGCUUGGGGAUGAGCUUGAGGUGAUCAGGAUCUUUGGGGGGUAGGGGUGGGUGUGGGUGGGGAGGAGUAAUGAAGCUACAAACUGGGACUGAAAGGCGUAUUGGGGUCAGGUUGUGAUGCGUCCUAAAUCUGCAGCAUACGCAUUAGGGCUGUCGCCCUGCGAAAGCGGCGAGCCUCUGCAGGUUCAGGAGCAGAGGAGGGUCCGUUUCCAAUCGAGUCUCCAAGCAGCGUCCCAGGGGACCCGCUGUGUACACUAUUUCUCUUACAAAGUCCCGCCUGGGCCGAGCAAGUGCUGGAGCCUUUGACUCUGCUCAGAUCAGGGCCUGAAUCUCCAAGGCCAGUCCGAGUCUUCAAGGCCCAGGGUAGACGCGUGGGGCUGGCGCUCCUGGCGAGGGUGGAGACUGGGGGCGACCCCGGGCGCUCCUGCGCCUGCAACGCGGAGCCAGACCGCCAGAUGCCGCUGUGGCGCUCCGAGCGCGAUCCUGUGCCCCGCCCUCCGGGGGAAAGCCAAAACCGCGCCGGCGACGGGGCGGGACGGACCACUGAGGGCAGAGGGGAACCCGAGGCUGAGAGAGGCCUACAGCUCCUGCAGCCGCAGACACAUUGCCCCCUCUACCGGCUUCGCGAGGUGGUUCGCUCCGGCUGUGCAGCGCUCGCGGGUUCCGGGGCUGACAGGCAGCAGCGCAGCACGCACCGGCUGGCACCAGCGUCACAGACUCCGCCGCGAUGCUGGGGCUGCUCGUGGCGCUGCUGGCGCUGGCGCUUGCCUACUUCGCGCUGCUGGACGGAUGGUACCUGGUGCGUGUCCCGUGCGCCGUGCUGCGCGCGCACCUGCUGCAGCCGCGCAUUCUAGACCUGCUCGCCGAUUCCAGCUAUGUCGGACGCGUGCUGCCUUCGGACUUGGACCUGCUGCUGCACAUGAACAACGCGCGCUACCUGCGCGAGGCUGACGUGGCGCGCGUCGCGCACCUGACCCGCUGCGGCAUCCUCGGGGCGCUACGCGAACUCGGGGCGCAUUCUGUGCUGGCCGCCUCUUGCGUGCGCUACCGCCGCUCUCUGCGCCUGCUCGAGCCCUUCGAGGUGCGCACCCGCCUGCUGGGCUGGGACGACCGUGCCUUCUACUUGGAGGCGCGCUUUAACAGUCUGCGCGACGGCUUCGUGUGCGCUCUGCUGCGCUUCCGCCAGCACGUGCUGGGCACCUCUCCGGAGCGCGUCGUGCAGCAUCUGUGCAAGCGCAGGGUGGAGCCCCCCGAGCUGCCGGAAGACCUACUGCUCUGGAUUGGCUACAACAAGGCCAGCAGCCAGCUGCUCCGGGCUGAGAAUGGCUUCGAAGACGCCGUCAAGGACCAGUGACCACCACUCCCUGCCUGCCAGCCUUGACCUGGGGGCAGUUGCGCACCCGUCCCCACCUGCCAGGGGGCAGAGAAUGCAGAGCGGGCUGGCCAGGGUGGGCUCUUUCCCAGCUGGAGUGGCCUUGUGACAACUCAGCCCCCUUCACCUGCUCAGCCUCCCUUCCCCUUCCCCGUUAGUGAUGCCCCUCCCUACACUGAGCAUGGGAUGGGGUGACAUGGGCACCCUGAUCUGUCUCUGUCCUCAGGGUGGAAAUGAUGGGCACAGUGGGUGGCCCUUGGCAUGUGGGCUGCAGGGUGGGGAGGGCCCAAGUAUAGAGUGCUUGGAGAACAGGGACCAUCUAGAGCAGCGGUUCUCAACCUUCCUAAGGCCGCGACCCCUUAAUACAGCUCCUCAUGUUGUGGUGACCCC